UCAAGGUGUAUUAAUCUGACUAUGAGAAAUCCGAUCCAGUUUAAUUUUAGUCAGACUAAGGUGUUUACAUGCAUUUCAAAAAUCCGAUCAUAGUUGGACUAACCCAGUAAUUCGGUUUUCUUGAGUUUGAGAUUUGUUCAUGAAAUACCUUCACUGAAGUUUACAAUGUAAAUUGUACUUUCUUUACACCAAAGAAAACCUUGACUUUAAUUUUAGAGAACAAUUAUUCAUUUAUGUUAUUAUACACUGUUCUAACAUUAUGUAGCCUGCAUACUUCCCUCACGCAUCUAUCAAUAACAAGAUACAGUUUAUUAAUGGAGAGGUUCAUGUUUGUACUGGAAUGUGUCAGGAGAAAAGUUUGUAAGGCCUUGCCUGUCCUCCGCUGUCAGAAACUGGGUCGCAUAAACCAAACACCUCUAGCUGGAUGGAUGUUGUUAAUCCAACAUGUUGACUUUUUUGGUCAGGUUCUUGUCAUCAGGCGUUGAAUCCUGGGAAACACCCUGCAGCCGCCUCUGGCCUGCAGAUCCAUCACAUAAGAGCGAAGGUUUUCCUCUCAAAUUGAUGUUAUUUUCAACAAAGACUGCUUCAGAGCCUUCGAGGUUGUCCAUCUCAGUCAGGUUCGUUGUUCACCAUCUGCAGCUAAAGUUGUGCAAUGGCAGAUAAUCACCCCACAGACUGGAAGACUGGUCUCUUUGACUGCUUUGAGGACGCCAGCACUUGCUGCUAUGGUUUCUGGUGCUGUCCUUGCUUGGCCUGCACAGUAUCGGGAAGAUUUGGAGAGAACACGUGUCUCCCAUUGUGCGACAUCAUCAGCCCUGCCAUACUAACAGCCUGCGGGAUACCAGUGGUUGUUCCUCCAGCAGUCUUGUCUCUAAGGGCUGCCAUUCGACACAAAUAUAACAUCAAGGGUUCUCUCUGCAAGGACAUCGGUGUUUCCUGUUUCUGCAUUUGGUGCUCCUGGUGUCAGAUGCAACGUGAGUUAAAACAUCGCAACCAAGCCCCCACCACCGUCAUCAAUGUGCAGACAACCAACAUCAACUUACAGCCUAAUCCAGUGAUGAUGGCUCCAGCACCAGUUGCGUAUGUGAGCCAACCAGGCGUCUUCAUGGCGGCACGCUGAGCCUUUAACAUUUGCUGUUUUUUUUCUUCUUUUUUUAAGAUUACUGGGUAAAAUGAUUUAAUAUUAGUCCAGUAUUUUUUAUGUUUGAAAACAAUUAAAAAGAAAUCUGAUUCUGAUCUGAAAUCUGACCAACAAAACUCAUGAAAUCAAGUUCAAGUUGAUUUCAUUGCUUUUAUUUUUCAUGACUAUAUAAUGUAAAAUCAAAUAGUCAUCUCUUAAUUAAAAUAGGGUGAAAGGAGUCUUAAUUUUACAUAAUAUGUAUUUAAUUCUUGUUUCCUUAUUCAUAUCCAACUCAUUUAGAAUCAGUGUGAUUUCAGAGCCCGUUCUUUUUUUCACCCUGUGGUAAAAAUGAACCCCAGUUUUAGUGGAGUCAUUUGCAGACUGCAUGUACAUGACUGACACAACAGGUCUGGAUAAAUUAUGGUUCUUUAUUUACUACCUCAGAGAAAAACAAAAGAGAAAUUCUUAAAUAACCUCCGUGAAUCUGUAUUUACGAGCAGUUCUUGCACGAUGCGUAAUGUUCUCGUGUGAUUUUGCCAGGUGCUCACGACAGAUGAAAGAUAAUGAGACUAGAAAAUGACAUGUUAGCAGGUUAGACCGGCUUCACAACAAGUGCAGGGCAGUUUCUUUCCUGUUGACUGUCUUCCUUUCACUUUUCUUUCACCUUUUCUCCUGUUCUUCUUUCAAUUAAUCUGUCCAAUCAUGCAAUUUAAUAAAAAAUGUCU